AUGAAAGAAAAGCCAUGGGGCUUUCGUGGAAAAGGUAAGUUCAGUUAUGGCCCUCAGUUUCAAAAUCGAGAAAGCGUCAGGUUCGAUCUGCAUGAAUUGUACAUUUAAAUUUUAUUUCGUUAUCAAAAUUGGAACUAAAGACACAAACGAAAGUUUAAUUGUUUUAUACCUCCCUCCGCUUUAUUUUAUUUUGGCGCACGGGGUUAUCAAAUAUUCUUUGUUCAAUUUUCAGUUCUCAAGAACUGCGCAGAAGUCUUAAAGUCCGGUGGCAAGAUGAGUGGAUUGUACAAAAUCGAUCCGGACGGUCUGGGCGAAUUUGAAGUCUUCUGCGAUCAGAAAACAGCAGGAGGUGGUUGGACAGUUUUUCAAAGAAGACAGGACGGCUCUGUAGAUUUCUUCAGAGGGUGGAAUGAUUAUAAACGGGGCUUCGGGAAUCUGAAUGGCGAGUUUUGGCUGGGUCUUGACAAGAUUCACCGCCUGACAGCAAGCACAAAUAAAAAGCUCCGUGUUGACUUGGAAGCUACCGCUGGUACCAUACUACUUGCAGAGUACAGCUCAUUUGCUGUAGCAAACGAGAAGGCGAAAUACCGGCUUACUGUGGGAGGGUAUUCAGGUGAGAAUUCUCCCAAAAUGACUGCGAAUGGAUUGAGUGUGAUAAGUCGUAAUUUCUCUUAGAUUAUGCCGAUAUUUAUAGAUAAUCCUAUUUUUUCCCCAUGGUACAAAAAAGUCACAAAUUUAUUUUUUUUCUUCAGGCAAUGCUGGAGAUUCUCUUACUUUUCACAAUGGAAUGUUCUUUACCACGAAGGACAGCGAUAAUGACAAGUGGUCCAAGAACUGCGCAUCGUCUUGGAAGGGAGCGUGGUGGUACAAAGAUUGCUACAAUUCGAACCUGAAUGCUCUGUACUUAUACAGCAAGUCCAGUGCCCAAGGGAUGGCUUGGAUGAAGUGGAAAAAUAACUAUUUUUCUUUCAAGAGAUCUGAGAUGAAAACACGUCCAAAAAUUUUUUAA